ACAGCAAAACACAUUAGCUAGCUAGCUAGUACUAAUACAAUAGCAUUAGCGCUUUGUAUAGUGAAGUUUGGGAGAUGGAUUCCAAGGGCUCUUCAUCAGCUGCUCUCUUCCUCUCCAUCAACCUUCUCUUCUUUGCUCUUGUAAGCGCUAACAAACCUUGCUCUCCGCCUAAGCCAACUCCAACUCCGAGUACUCCAUCCACCCCUUCCAAUGGCAGCUGCCCCAGAGAUGCCCUUAAACUAGGUGUCUGUGCCAAGCUGCUUAAUGGGACAGUUGGGGCUGUCGUUGGAACCCCUCCUGUUACUCCCUGCUGCUCCUUGCUUGAAGGGCUUCUGGAUCUUGAGGUUGCCGCUUGCCUUUGCACAGCCAUUAAAGCUAACAUUCUUGGCAUCCACCUCGACAUCCCAGUUUCACUCAGCUUGCUUGUCAACAUUUGUGGGAAGAAGCUUCCCAAAGACUUCCAAUGUGCUUAAUUAAUUAAGCAUGUAGCAGCAUGGAUUUGGUUUAAUUUUUCCCCUUUUUUUCCCCUCUCUCCGUGUUUUUUUUUCCUCCAUGGUUGUGUUCUGUGAGUGUGGAAGUGCUGAAUAAUUCUUGCCGUGAGAUUAUAAUUCUCAUUGUAAAAUUUUAUGUAAAAGCUUAUGUUAUUAUGUAUUUCUUAGUUUUUAUUUGUACUUACUACUUAAAUAUCGUUGGAUUGUGAAGUUUGAAUAA